AAGAUGGCCUGGAAAGCGAUCAUAUGCCCACCAUCACCCACCAUAGCAUCAUGUACGCCCCCAAAUGCCUCGUCCUCGUGUCCAGGCUAGACUACAUUGAGACAUUCCGAAACUGCUUGGGCAUAAUCUACACAGUGUACGUGGAGAGUGUUGGGGGCGUGGCGAUUGAGACACUGGUAGGCAACAUCCUGGGCUGCAUCCAGGUGCCGCCUCCAGGGGGGCCGCAGGUGCGGUUCUCCAUAGGGGCGGGGGACAGGCAGGCGUUGCAACCGCCCCUCACGCCUUCACUGCCUGUCACCAACACCGCUGUUUGUUUGCUAUUCCAACAGCUCGGUAUCCGUAACGUGUUGUCGUUAUUCUGCGCGAUAAUGACCGAACACAAGAUCCUGUUCCAGUCGCAGUCGUAUUCACGACUGACGGAAGGAUGUCGUGCGCUGACCGCCCUCAUGUACCCGUUCCGAUAUUCACACGUCUACAUCCCCCUGUUGCCUGCCGCAUUGGUGGAGGUCCUCUCCACACCCACCCCCUUUGUCAUGGGGGUGCACUCCUCGCUCAAGACUGAUGUUUCCGAAUUGAUGGACGUGAUAGUAGCUGACCUAGACGGAGGUUCGGUCAUGGUACCAGAUGGUGUCAACCUGCCUCUCCUACCUGAACCUCUGCUCUCCGACACACUGUCGUGGCUGCGCCUAGUGUUGCAGCCGCAACUGGGCAGUGCCGACCUGGCGUUUCCGCCCUCGCCGCCCCCGCGGCCCCUGCAGCCGCCCCUCCAGGACAAGCAGAUUCGCGCCGUAUUUAUGCGAGCCUUUGCUCAGCUGCUGCACGGCUACAGGAGUUGCUUGACCAUCAUUAGGAUACACCCCAAGCCGGUUAUCACCUUCCACAAAGCAGCCUUCCUGGGCGAACGCGGUCUGACCGACUGUGAUUUCACGACGCGCGUCCUGGACUGUAUGUUCUUCACGUCGUUUGUGACGGAGCGCGGUCCGCCGUGGCGAGCGUGUGACUACUGGGACGAGCUGCAUGCCAACAUUGCCGACCUGCUCAAGGCCGAAGCACACGAUCCAAAGGCUCUGCUAAACAAUAUCGAGGCAUUAGCACAACAACUGUACACCAACGAGAAUCCGAACCACAGCCUUAUGUACAGAAAAUAUUGAAACCUCCCGAGGGCGCAUUUGCCAGAAUACACCAGCCCUCAUUCCCGCACAUCAACGAGGACCAAGUGCAACUCAUACUCGACGAGGGACUCGCCAAAAACAAUCUACAAGCCAGGCUCUCCUCACUGAAGCCAAUACCUCCUAGGAUAGUACCAGUAGGAUCGCACGUUUCAAUAGUGAAUGACCCAAGGCACUCUGUUAGCAAUUCGGCGCGUCGUCUAGAGGU